ACACGUAGCCCAAUAUUCCAUCACAAUCAUUAACGAUCCUUUUCCUUCUUACUCUCUCUAAAAGUCUAACCCCCAGCUUCGUCUCGUCGUGAAAAGCUAUGGCUCAGAAGAGAGAGAAAGAGGAAACGGAGCUCAAGGUUCCUGACACUUUAACCACCCUCUGUACACCACCACCGGUAGCUGCAGUUCCGUCUAAGAUCUCCGGUUCCUAUGAGCAUAGAUCGGAUCCGAAGAGUGGUGGUUCCACCGACGUCAUCGUUGAAGUUAGAGAGACAUGCGCUACCUCACAGGAACCAUCAUCAACUGCGGUUGAUAAUAGGACGAAGAGGCGCCAGUUGAAUCGGUGUUCAGGUUGCCGGAAAAAAGUUGGAUUGAUGGGAUUCCGAUGCCGUUGCGGUGAGAUGUUCUGUUCCGAGCACCGGUACACCGAUCGACAUGAUUGUAGUUAUGAUUACAAGGCGGCCGGACGUAAGGCGAUCGCUCGUGAGAAUCCGAUGGUUAGGGCUGUGAAGAUUCUAAAAGUCUAAACUAUAAUUCAAAAUCAAAGCCAACAUUGAUUGUAGAAAUUUUAGUUUUUUGGUUAUCUUAAUGAUUAAAUGGAAAACUAGAAUUGCAAUCUAAGAACUGUGGAAGGUAAUGGUGUCAAAAUUUGCAUUUCUUGUAUUCAUUCCGUAACUUUUAUAAACAUAGUAUACAGUGUUGUUCGAGUA